AUGCCCAAGCACAAGAAGAGUCGACGCGGUGUCGAGGCGAGGGACAUCGGCAACUUCCAGUACGAGUGGCAGAGCGACUCCCCAAGCGUCGCGCGCCGCCCUGCUGCGCUCAGGCGAAAUGCUGUCGACCCUUUUGUGCUCAAGCGAGCCUACAUGCUGCACAACUUCCAGCUUGUGCUUCGACGCGAUGUACAGGGGAUAAAGACCACACCUGGACUCCCGCAGGGACAACGACGGCUCCAAGAGGCGCUGCUCUCAAGCGACACGGUGCCGCCGUGGGAGGCCGUAACGGCCGUCGUGGUGCGCUGGACGCUGGAGGAGUUUCAGUGUCCGAUCUGUUUCGAGACACCAGCAGCCGCCCGCAUCGCCGACUGCGGCCAUGCCUUCUGCCUGUCGUGCAUGCUGCAGUACCUGUCAAGACGCAAGGCGGAGGGCAAGCAGCGUACAUGCCCGGUGUGUCAGAACUAUCUUAGCCUGAGUAUGCUUCGGCCGUNGUACCUGUCAAGACGCAAGGCGGAGGGCAAGCAGCGUACAUGCCCGGUGUGUCAGAACUAUCUUAGCCUGAGUAUGCUUCGGCCGUGCGUCCUACGCCCAAUUCAACCCCCUGCGGUUGGCAAGCGCGCUAGUUUCACCUUGCUGCGGAGGCAGGGGAAUUCAUGCGUUGUACUUCGACAGGACGAUCCCCGCUGGAGCGACGUGCCGCCGCUGGAAGAUGAAUUGCCGCUCCCUUCCCAGGGCGAGCCAUCGGCAACGUUCUGCAGGUACAUCCUCGCCACUGCGGAGGGUGAAGAGACACAGCGCUGCCAGGACUGUGCUGGCAUCAUGGACCACCUGAGAAACAUUGAAACACAUUCCAGACCAUUUACACAGUUUGACGACGAGGUACAACGCUUCUCCGAAGAGGCUCUCAACAUGGUGUUGCAGGACAGCGCAGUACCGCCGCCGUCAUCGCCACCACCGGCAGGGAUACGCAGUUCCCCUCCCAUNGGCUCUCAACAUGGUGUUGCAGGACAGCGCAGUACCGCCGCCGUCAUCGCCACCACCGGCAGGGAUACGCAGUUCCCCUCCCAUGGCUCCGAAGCGUCCAGACAUGGACGUGGCAGCGACAUAUGA